UGGGGAUGACAACACCAAGGGAAACAAAAUUCUGUGGCAGGGAGGUUGCCUCGUUUGCCUGACGCCAAAAAAUCGAUGACACGGAUGUCUUGUUGUUGUGAGGUAGUCUGCCAUUAUGUGUCGUAUUGUCUCUUUCUUGCUCGACUUUCGCUGUUCUGGUAGUUCCGUGUGCUUGAGCGUCUCUCGUGAAUCUGCUGAUAGACGCUGGGUUCCUAAUGCCGUGCUACACAGCUGUUCUCGCACGGAGCAGCAUGCCCGCGUUGUGCGUAUAACGAAAGGCUUUUCCACUUCAAAUAGGUUUAAAAUCCUAGGAGGAUGUUCAUCGUAGCGGACAGGAGAGGCGCUCUGACCAAGGAGCAGACGCUAGAGUCGAUAUUCGAUUUUAUUCCAGGAAAUUCCGUAGGUUCGGCACCACCGCGAGGCUCGGCACCACCGCGAGGUUCGGCGCCGCCAAGAAGACACACAACAGGCCAUGGCUCCUCCUCCGCCUCCUCUUCCUCCUCUUUAUCAUCCUCUUCAGCCUCCGCUUCAACCUCCUCGCCACCCACCAGCGUUCCGCACUCCACUUCCCGUACAUUCUCACUCCCCCAGCUCCCCACUCCAACCCUAGAUUCACCCCCCGCGGUCUCCACGAAUUCCGCUCAGACCGUCAGAAAUCCCGUUCCAGCCUUAACGGAUUCCGUCCCCAACUCGACAGAUUCCGUCCUGACCUGUGCAGAACCGCUUCGCACCUCUUUUGACUCCUUUCUCAUACAUGCAUCCAACCCUGGCACAGCACACGCCGAUACGACCGGUAUCCAUCAACACACACCCGAGUCGCAGGAACGAGCAUCAUCAUCUCCAGACUCGGCCGAUUCGGGUUCCUUCAAGUUUCAAAUCUCACCAUCGCUUUCCGGCGUCCAGCAUUUACAAUCUCCAAGCCUCAACUCAGCAGCAAUCGAGGUCAUCCCGUCACCCGCUCCCUUCGGACCCGACGCGUCCGCUCGGUUCGGCCCGUUCCUACCUCCCCCUGUCGAGCUCGGUCCUGCCGUGACCAUCCUCGGGCUCUCCAGGUCGCGCUCUUCCCCUGCGAAGUGCGAAACGGAUUGCGUAGCGAUUCGUGAAGCGGUUGCGACAGCUGGCGAAAGCGGCGAAGCUGUCGCUGAGCCGAGCAAGGUCGCAGAGCCUCAGAUGUCUGGUAGUAGCAAACAGGGCGGCCGGGCGGCAGCGGUUUCGCACAUGUCAGGAGAUUCGCCGUUAGUACGAGCGCAGUCGUCAGGGCCCAGCGGUGGAUCGUCGCAGCCGUCGCGAAACACCGCCUCCUCAGCGCUGCCCGAGUCGCUUGCAAGCGGUCAAGCCGGUGGUAUCUUUCGAGUCUCCUCUCCGCCGCGAGUGGCGCCGCAAGGCCCGGUGGUUCCGGAUAUCGAGAGCCCUUGUACGGGAACGACCAGCAUUCCGGCAUCCUCGCUACAGCACGACCCGAUUGGAGCCUCGGAUCCUUCGCCUUCUUGCGUGCAUUGUGGCGGGUUAGGCUCGGGGGAAGGAGUCGCGGGGAUGAGGGACGGGGAGUGUGCGGGGAGGGGGGGGAGGGUUGGUAGGCGGUGCUGUGACGCUGCUAGGCGCAGAUUGGACUGGGGGGAAGCGGCGCACCAGAGUUGCGCCAAUGAGGGGCAAAUCGGCGGAAAGGUUGCGGGCGGAAUGGAGGAGGAGCGCGGAGAAGCGCGGACGCGGAGGCAGGCGGAGGGACCGGGGGAAGAGCAGGCGGCGGUAUCCACGAUCUCAGUGCGCGAUAAGAAGCGGAAAUCGGUCCACGUGGCAGCUCGUGAGGGGGACGUGGAUGCGCUGCGGGACGCGCUAGCGGUCAGACCGAGCGCCGUGAACGAGCGCCAGCUGCCAGUGUGUCAGACGCCUCUCCAUCUCGCCGUGGCUGAGGGGCAGCUCGAAGCUCUCCGCUUUCUCCUGGACUGGAGGGGACAGUGCGGCGGAACGGAGCUGCGGGCGGAUGUGGAAGCGCGGAAUAUGUUCGGCGAGACCCCUCUGCACGUGGCGGCCAAGAGCAGCAACGCGGACGCUAUUCGGCUGCUGAUACGAGCAAGCGCAAGGGCGGACGUUGCUGCCACGAACGGCAUGACUCCUCUCCAUCUCGCCGUGUGGGCCGCUGUCCAAUCCGCGUCCAGCAGCGUUGCCGCGCACCCACCUGGCAAACCGCCGCCAGCAACAGCAGACCCGGCACCUGAACUGGCACCUGAGCCGUCACCUGACUUGGCAGCUAGUGCAGCGCCUGGAUCGCCACUACCAGCGCACCAGCAGCACCUGAAGCAGCAAGCAGACCACUCACCAGCAGCAGCUCCACCUCUCUCCCCCUUCCCCUUCCCAUCACCUCCGCUGCUCCACUCCCCAGGGGCACUCUCUCCUCGUCCUCUUUCCGCCCAACCACUUUCCCCAGAAGCCUUCUCCCCGCGUCCCCUCUCCCCCCAACCCUACCCCCCGCGACCGCUCUCCCCUGUCUCCUGUGGCCCCGCCUUCCCAACGUGCCCGCCACCUACUCCCACGUCGCCCACCUGCCUAGAAUCCCUGCCUGCUGCUGCUGCUGCUUCUGGUGGCUCCUUCGCCUCUCCGGGUACUGCUGCUGGCUCCCUUGCCUCUCCUGCUGCUGCUGCUGUGGGAGUGGGGAGGGGUGGUGUUAGCAGGGAGUGUGGUGUGGUGGCGGCUGUGGCGGUGCUGCUAGAGGCCAAUGCUGACCCGUGCGCUGUGGAUAAGGAUGGCAACACGCCCAUGGCGCUGCUGCCCAGCCGGGCCACGCUGUGCAGCAUCUGCCGGGAGGUGCAGGCGCUGCUGCAGCGGCACAUCAGCAGGAGGACACGGCUGCAGGCUGAAUUGGCUGUGCACGGAGCAAAGCUAGUAAUGGAUCAGCUUGAGAAGGAGUUAUCCUCGUUAGUAGGCCUUCACUCGUUAAAGCAGCAGCUAAGGACAUGGGGCAAGGGCCUACUACUAGACCAACGACGUCGGGCACUUGGUCUGCCUGUGCCUCCCCGUCGCGCCCCACACAUGGCUUUUCUGGGCAGCCCGGGCACCGGAAAAACAACCGUGGCGCGGGUGCUUGCCCGGAUGCUGGCACUGGUGGGUGUUUUACCCUUGAAUAAAGUAGUAGAAGUCCAAAGGACGGACCUAGUGGGGGAGUAUGUGGGGCAUACGGGCCCAAAAACGAGGAAGAAAAUCGAGGAAGCAGAGGGUGGUAUCCUGUUUGUAGACGAGGCUUAUAGGCUGAUGCCGGCUCAGAGGAGCGAGGAAAAAGACUAUGGGAUAGAGGCUUUAGAAGAGAUAAUGACAGUUAUGGAUUCCGGGAAGCUGGUGGUGAUAUUCGCGGGGUAUGCGGAGCCCAUGCAGCGGGUUUUCCAGGCUAAUGAGGGGUUUAAGCGGCGGGUUACUAAGUACUUCACUUUUGACGAUCUGAGCCCGAGGGAGAUUGCACGGGUGAUGCUGCUGAAGAUGGGGUGUGGUCAGGAGGAAAGGGGGGAGCAGAUUGGUCAGGAGGAGCAGGGGAAGCGGGAUGGAGUGGAGCAGCAGGUUCAGCAGAAGAGUAAGUUUGGGGGACAGGAGGAGGUGGAGGAGGGGAGGGGGGGUGGAGUGGAGAGGCAGACUCAGCAGAGGGAAGUGGGGUUUGGGGGACAAGUGGAGCCAACUCGGCAGCCGGAACAGGCUCAAGGGGAGAUGAAGAUUGGGGAGCAGAUGGAAGGGGAGCGGCUUGACGAGCCGCGGGAUCAACACGGAGAGUGUCGGGAUGAGAGGCACGGGCAGGGAGAUGGGCAGGUGGGAUUGGAGACGGAAGGAGAGCGGAGGGGAGGUGAGGGGUAUUCUAGAGGGGAGGAGUGCAGCAGCCUGCUGGAUAGCAGGGCGCCAUCUGACAGUAAUGAGCACAGUCACUGUAGCAGUAAUGGUUCUGCUUCCAAUGCUGCCGUCCGCUGCAGCAGCGAUGUGUCGGUAGGAGGGGGCGUGAGUUGCACUGCUGAUCUCUUAGGAAAGCCGGCUGGUCUCUUGGAAAAGACACCUCAAGGAAUGGAGGUGGGUGGGAGUGGUGCAGGAGGAGGGGAGAGCAGAGGAGAGGAAAGCAGAGGAGGCGCCGGUAGUGGCGGCAGCGAUGCCGCUGGUAGUGGGAGUGGGAGCAAGGAGGGGAGUGAAACGGACGGUGGCACGUCUCCCCUUAUUGGCUUCAGGCUCCACCCGUUGUGCUCGGAAGUGGCCCUGGAAGAGGCCAUCACCACCCACACGACAGCCAAGCAGCGCAAGGAGCGGAACGGAGGCAUGGCGGUGCCAGUGCUGCUGGAUGCAAGAGACCAUCUGGAUCUACGGCUGCCGUUGGACUGCUGCUGUGCGGAGGAGCUGAUGACCAUCCAGAUGCAGGACAUUGAGGCUGCCCUGGAGUUGCUGCCACCGUGAUAGGUGAGAGGGGACGUGACGGAGGCAAGGAGGCAUGGCGGUGCCAGUGCUGCUCGGGAUGCCCGGGGGACCAUCUGGAUCUAUGGCUACCCCUGGACUGCUACUGUGCGGAGGAGCUGAUCUGAUGACCAUCCAGAUGCGGCUGCGUUAGAGCUGCUGCCACCAUGAUCUGAUGUGGGAUUGGGGGGGGGAGAGGGGAGAGGGGAGAGGGGAGAGGGGUCUAUGGGGGUCCAUGGUGGUGAGGGUGCUGGAGGAUGCAUGCAGAAGGUCAUCUGGACCUGAGACUGCCCAUGGCCUUCUGCUAGGAGGAGGAGAGCUGAUGACCUUUGGGUUGCUGCCACUGUGACAUGGCGCAUCGAUGCAUGUGGGUGGGAUAGGGUGUAUGUGCCCCCAAGGCUGCGCGUGGCUGGAAUGCAAGGGAGGAUGAGCUGAUGACCAAUUGGGAUGCAGGAGGUUCACCCAGCGUUGGCGUUGCCGCGGCUCCCUGUGAAGUGGAGCAGUAGGGAGAGGGGACGUAGGAGGGCGAGGUGGCAAAGAGAUUGACUAGACUGUAGGUGACAUGAGAAGAUGAUUAGAGGGAUCGUUUGAAACUUCGCAUGUGGUGGUUACUUGGAUAACUUGACGAGGAGGGUAGGGUUGUUAGGUGGCAGGUUGGGCUGGCCCUUAGGCGCAAACACUGACUCUUACUCGACUAGGAAUGCAUGCAAGUGGUAAUAACGUGGUGAUAGGUGUUGGGCUGAGAAAUGCCCUUAGGAUCUUUCCAGAGACUAAGUCCCAGUUGUAAAAGACUUGAGUAGUGCAGCGGAAGUUGAGUAGUUGAACCCUUAGGUGCAUCUCCGAGAUUCGUCCGUGGGCGCGAAGGAGCGAGCGGGUGGUUCUCCAUUCUGGCCCGAGCCCAGCGAGGACAAGCGUCACGAAGCUUUCUUCAGUGAUUGUUCCUCCGCACCGAAGCAGGCGGUCGCGGAGUGUCUGGCAUCGACUCAUAU